AAGGAAAAAGGAGAAAUCCUCUUCAUGACUUCAAAAAAACAGGAGAGUUGAUGCUCAUUAAAGUAAACAAAGCACUGGAAGUAAAAACCAAGCUCUUAAAUACCACUGAGCAAUGUGCCAAGAGAUGCAGCAGGAACAAAGGCCUUUCGUUCACUUGCAAGGCCUUUGCUUAUGACAAAGUUACAAAACGGUGCCAUUGGUUAUCAUUCAACAGCUUGACAAAUGGUGUGAGAAAGAAGCAAGACCAUGCGUUUGAUCUGUAUGAAAAGAAGGACUAUGUCAGGAAUUGUAUCAUCGGAAAAGGAGCAGACUACAAAGGAACGAUAUCUGUUACUAAAAGUGGUAUCCAGUGUCAAGCCUGGAAUUCAAUGAUCCCCCAUGAGCACAGCUUUUUGCCUUCGAGCUAUCGGGGUAAAGACCUGCGGGAAAACUACUGUCGAAACCCCCGAGGGGAAGAGGGAGGGCCGUGGUGUUUCACCACCAGCCCCGAGAUGCGCCACGAAGUCUGCGACAUCCCCCUCUGCUCACAAGUUGAAUGCAUGACCUGCAAUGGAGAGAGUUACAGAGGGCCAAUGGAUCACACUGAGUCGGGCAAGGAGUGUCAGCGCUGGGAUCUUCAGAGACCACACAAGCACAAAUUUCGUCCAGAGAGAUAUCCUGACAAGGGCUUUGAUGAUAAUUACUGCCGCAAUCCUGAUGGCAAGCUGAGACCGUGGUGCUACACUCUUGACCCUAACACCCCCUGGGAGUUCUGCGCAAUUAAAACGUGUGAUGAAAGCGUUGUGAACAGCACGGAGGUAGCAGCUGAGACGUCCACUUGCAUUCAGGGACAGGGUGAAGGUUACCGUGGCACAGUCAACACCGUGUGGAGUGGCAUCCAGUGCCAGCGAUGGGACUCCCAGUUUCCUCACCAGCACAACAUCACCCCCGAGAACUUCAAGUGCAAGGAUUUGAGGGAGAACUACUGCCGAAAUCCAGAUGGAUCCGAAUCACCCUGGUGUUUUACCACUGACCCAAACAUCCGGAUUGGUUAUUGCUCCCAGAUUCCUAAGUGCGAUGGAUCAAAUGAACAAGAUUGUUAUCGUGGCAAUGGCAAGAGUUACAUGGGGAAUCUAUCCAAGACAAGAUUUGGGCUAACUUGCUCCACAUGGGACAAGAAUAUUGAAGACUUACGUAGGCAUAUACAAAUAUUCAGAGAACCAGAUGUUAGUAAACUGAAGAAAAACUAUUGCCGCAAUCCAGAUGAUGAUUUUCAUGGUCCCUGGUGUUACACAGAUGAUCCUCUCGUUCCCUGGGAUUACUGCCCUAUUUCUCGAUGUGAAGGCGAUACAACUCCUACUACAACCAGCUCAGAUGAUACUGUCAUUCCUUGUGCCUCAACAAAACAUUUGAGAGUUGUAAAUGGAAUCCCAACACAAACUAACGAAGGAUGGGUGGUUAGUUUGACAUACAGGAAUAAGCAUAUCUGUGGAGGUACUUUGAUAAAGGAAGAGUGGGUUCUAACAGCAAGGCAGUGUUUCCCUUCUCGGUACAAAGAUUUGAAAGACUACAAAGCCUGGCUUGGAGUCCAUAAUAUCAAAGGAAAGGGAGAAGAGAAGCAUAGACAAGUUCUGAAUAUCUCUCAGUUGGUAUAUGGUCCUGCAGGGUCAGAUUUGGUCUUACUAAAACUUAGCAGACCUGCCAUAUUGACAAAUUUUGUAGAAAUAAUCCGAUUGCCCAUUUCUGGAUGUACCAUUCCAGAGAAGACCAGUUGCAGUGUUUAUGGAUGGGGAUACACUGGAUUGAUUAACUAUGAUGGCCUUCUCCGGGUAGCAAACCUGUUUAUUUUGGGAAAUGAGAAAUGCAACCAGUAUCUCAAAGGGAAGAUCAUUGUGAAUGAGUCAGAAAUCUGUGCUGUGGCUGAAACCAUUGGUGCUGGGCCUUGUGAGCGAGAUUAUGGUGGUCCCUUGGUUUGUGAACAGAACAGAUUGAAGAUAGUAGUUGGUGUCAUUGUUCCUGGCCGCGGAUGUGCCAUUCGAAAUCGUCCUGGGAUUUUUGUUCGGGUCUCCUAUUACUCCCGGUGGAUACACAAGAUUAUGAUGACCUACAGAAAACCCUGAAAAACUCAACAACUUCCAUUCAAAGAAAGAUUUUGGACAGCAUGGAAUUAAUGUGUAAUGUAAAGAUGAACCCUUUUUUUAACUACUUGAUAGUCAAGUUUGUUGAGCAUCUUUUAAUAUUUAUGGGUGGUUUUGGUGUUUUUGUCUAUCAGUGUUGUUUUAUAAAUGUUGGAGUGACUUACAAUAUAUGCAAGUAUGGUGACAUAUCUCCUGAAGAUACUUGAAUGGAUAAACAAUUUUGCAAAGGUAUUAUUACUGGAUGAUAAAUGGUUUUGUAGAAAUAGAUCAUAUGACCUCUUUUAUGCUGCUUUUCAGAUUAUCUUAGAAGGAGAAGCAAAUUAUAGUUUUAUUUAACACAUUUUAUUCUUUCAAUAAGCCAUAUAUUUCUCUUCAUGUAUGACAAAAGACCUACUGAGAGAUAUAUGCAUCUGUCAAGGACAGCACAUAUGAUCAUAUUUCUCUUCCUCCCUUAUAAGAGGUCAAAGAUUUCAAUAUUUCAUUAAAUAAUAAUCUCUUUAGAAAUUAAUCUUUUCAUUAUUGAUGGACUUUGACAAGCCUGCCAUAAGCAGAGUUCUCAUAGAAGUCAGUACCUCUUUGUUUUACAUAGUGCUUAUAGACUUGGUUCCUUCAAUGUGUGUGUGAUCUUCUAACAGAUAUCUCAAAAACCCUUUUGGAUGAGGAAAGAGACACAGAAGCAGAUUGGUUAGCAAACUGUCGAUCAUUUCUGUAAUGCUAGUCCCAGAAAUAACUGUGAAUUUGCAAUGCUAAAGAGAGUAUUUCAUACAGUUUGAAAAAUUAAUCCUGAUUAGCUACUGGCAGAUUUUGGCCAUUAAAAGAAAUCUCAUUCAAAUACGCCCAAAUCUUUCUCAAUAGACAAGUGUUAAAAACUCAGUCAAUUCUAGUUAUUUCAUGAAAGUAACUGUAUUUACAGCAGG